CAAGUAGUGACUUUUAUGAUCGACGAUGAUGAUGAUGAUGAUGCGAGGAAAUAGAAUCCUCAUGAAUAGAAUAGCUUGGAAACAAAACUUCUUUUCUUUUGGGUUGAAACAAAACUUUUCAAGUUUCUUGUGGUCGUUACCAAAUAACUCUACUAGAAAAGUUCUCCAGUCCACAAAUCUUUGGAAAUAUCGUCCUUGGACAACGAGUGCAAAUAGUACAACCACAGAAACCAAAGAAAAGGAUGGAAAGAAGCCUCAAGACUCAACACCUGAAACAACAACAGCACAAGAGACGACGGAAACAGAACAAUCAACUUCGAAGGAAACCGAUGAACGACAGCAAAAGAGUAGUGCAAAGGGUAUCAGUUUGGAUCCCGAAGAACUGGUACAACAAAUACAAGAACAAGAACAACAAAUAGUGAAAUUAAAAGACUUAUCGAUGCGUGCUUAUGCUGAAAUGGAAAACGUGCGGAAGAUUGCCCAAAGAGAUGUGGACAACGCCAGGAAAUAUAGUAUAGGAGCUUUCGCAAAAGACUUGUUAGAUGUUGCGGAUAACUUGGAAAGAGCACUGCAAAAUAUACCGGCUGAGAAACUGGACGCUGAAAAGGGAGAUGCCAUCGUCAUCAGUUUGUACGAAGGAGUAAAAGCUACUAAUGAUGUAUUACAGAAAGUAUUUCAGAGAUAUGGAAUCGAGAGAUAUGAUCCUAUGGGAGAGAAGUUUGAUCCCAAUCUUCAUCAAGCUAUGUUUGAAAUACCUGACAAGUCAAGUAGUGGUAUAGUAUUGGCAGUAGCAAAGACUGGAUAUAAAAUACAAGAUAGAAUAUUACGUCCAGCUGAAGUCGGUGUAAGUAAAGUCACCGAUGAAGCAUCAUCAUAAUAAUAAAAGUGUUGUUGAAAAU